AUGCACAGCAUUGGUUCGCGUCCACCGAUGUUUCCAUUCGUAUUUCCACCGGGUUAUCCUUUCUCUCCAGCUGUUCUCUCUCAAGGUUCAGCAGCAGCGACAGCAGUACAUACACCUACUGGACAUUCAUCAGUCAUGACAACUCACAGUAAUCAUAAUGGUAACAACAACGGCAGCCAUUCCUUGGGACAAAAGCGAUCAACAACACUCAGAACAAUGGAUCAUAGUCCGCAACAUCAUAAACUAUCAGUAUCACAUGACGAGAAGAGAUCGAAGAAACCUCAUAUCAAAAAGCCAUUGAAUGCCUUUAUGCUAUUCAUGAAAGAACAACGAGCCCAAGUUGUACAAGAAUGUACAUUACGAGAAAGUGCCGCUAUCAAUCAAAUACUUGGUCGAAAAUGGCAUGAACUCGAUCGAAAUGUUCAGCAAAAAUAUUAUGAUAUGGCACGCGAUGAACGAAUGAGACACAUGCAGUUAUAUCCCGGAUGGUCAGCUCGAGAUAAUUAUGGUGCAAGGAAGAAGCGCGGAAGUAAAGGGAAGAAACGAGAAAAAAGUCAAGGAGAAAAUGGCGAAUGCCUCAAUCAGAAGAAAUGUCGUGCAAGAUUUGGUCUCGAUCAACAAUCGAAUUGGUGUAAACAUUGCAAACGAAAGAAAAAGUGCCUUCGAUAUACAGAAGACGAGUCCGCCUGUAUUGGACCGAAUUCCGUUGGCGGUGGUUCAUGGAGUGAAGACGAUGACAUUGAUAAUAUGGAUGAUUCAAAUGAUGGUAUUGAGCGUUGUGAUAUACCAUUGAUGGAACAUCCUGAAGGAGAAGAUUUACAUACAAGCAGUGGAAAUAAUCGUUCGUCACAUCAUGGUGAACGGUUGAUCGAUUCGGAUGAAGAAAAUAAAUCACGUAUCUUAAUGCAUCAACAACCACCAAAUUCAAACGGUAGUGGUUCAUCAACAUCCACUAACUGUGCUGUGCCAAUGACAUUGAUGCCAGCACGAGCAACAACUUCAUCAUCAAGAAAAGACUCAUCGUCAUCGUCAACAUCUCCACAAGGUUCCAUUCACCUUCCUCAUCAACGAUAUCCAAUAAUUCCGCCACCUCACUUUCCAUCAUCUCAUCAUCAUCAUCACCAUCAUCAUCCUUAUUUUGAUCCAUUCUUACAACCAUCACCGAUGCCUCUUUUGAAUGGACUCAAACGAGAGACAUAG